AUGUCGGCCUACUCCGACGAGCCGCCACCCCGCCCUCAGGAACGCCGUCGCCAGAGACGGCCCCCUCCUCCUGACGACUACGAAGGCGAGGACGACGACUAUUCCUACCGCUCUCCGCCGAAGCCUCGCGACCGCUACGAGGAGCCACGGUCGAGCGGUCGCGACAGGAGGAAAGACAAGUACGACGCCAGCGAUGAGGAUGACUAUCCGCGUAGGCGUCGACAUGAGCGUCGCUCACCGCCAACCAAGGGGCGGGAUGAACCUGACAUCCCACCUCCCCCGAUUGGACAAGACAGAAAACACAAAAGCCGCAGAGAUCCAGCCGAAGACGAUCCUCCUCCAGGUGCCAUCCCUGCACUAGACACAGAGGCAGAUAUGAAUGGCGGACCUGGACGUGAAAGUUCCCGUCGCCGCAGCAGACCUCCCAAGGACAGCCGAAGCCCUCGCAAAGAAUACAGAAAUCCGCCCAAGGACCAAGGGCCAUUUGACGACGCAGAAACCAUGGCGGAACCAGUCAAAUCUUCCAGAUCAAGGCCUCGAGGCGGUUAUGGUGACGAAGAGCCUCCACGGCGAUCCAAGGGACGUGAUAGAGAGCGCGAGCGUGAGCGAGAGAAGCCUCGCUACGACGAUGAGCCUCGUCGGCGGAGCAAGCGUGAAUCGUACAAUGAUGAUCCACCGCCGCGAAGUAAGCCUUCAAGGCGUGAUGAGGAUCCCAGGCGGAGACGCAAUCCUUACCCUGAUGAAGACAGUGAGCCCGAAUACAUUCCCUCCUCUCGUCGCCGAGAAAAGCCCAGCAGAUAUGACGACGAGAGGCCUCGUAGAUAUGAUGAUGGCUACGGUACAGAACGACCGCGCAGGGCUCCCCGAGACGAUCAUUAUGACAGAGGUAAGCAUGAGAGCAAUGGGAAGAGAACCCCAUAAACAGCUUUCGCAUUCCGCGACUUCGCAAUUCUAUAAUUGCGACAUUGGCUGACGUGAUAUCCCUCUGACGCAGGCUACAAAACGGAUAGUCGUGACUCCAAGCGCGACCGCCACCGAGAUGAUGACAGACGCCGACCCAGAGACGAUUAUGAUGACUACGACCGCAAACGGAAUUCACGCUCAGGCCGCAAGGGAGGUCCAGAUUAUCACGAACUGAUGGAGAAGGGGCAAAAGAAUUGGAAAAAGGUGGAGCCCAUUGCAAAGCCUCUUCUCGCCCAACUUGCAAAGAAUUAUCUGGGCAACGGCAGGCCAGCCUAA